AUGGCGUCAGGAUACGAUAGAGCUCUCUCAGUCUUCAGUCCCGAUGGGCAUGUCUUCCAAGUCGAAUACGCGCUCGAGGCCGUAAAGAGAGGAACAUGUGCCGUAGGGGUGAAGGGAGCAGAUAUCGUGGUAUUGGGAUGCGAGAAGCGAUCAGCCAUGAAACUCCAAGAUACCCGCAUCACACCUUCAAAGAUCGGUCUCGUCGAUACCCAUGUCUGCCUCGCCUUCGCAGGACUCAACGCCGAUGCCCGCAUCUUAGUCGACAAAGCCAGAUUAGAAGCCCAAUCCCAUCGUCUUACUGUCGAGGAUCCGGUUACGAUAGAGUACAUCACGAAGUAUGUUGCGGGCGUACAGCAGAGAUACACACAGAGCGGUGGUGUCAGGCCAUUUGGAAUCAGUACAUUGAUUGUUGGCUUCGAUCCCAACGACAAGACCCCCAGACUGUACCAGACAGAGCCAUCAGGAAUCUACUCUGCAUGGAAAGCAAAUGCAAUUGGCAGAUCCAGCAAGACCGUCCGCGAGUUCUUAGAGCGAAACCACAAGGAUGAUAUGGAUCGGGAGGCUACAAUCAAGUUGACUAUCAAGUCGUUAUUGGAGGUUGUGCAAACAGGCGCCAAGAACAUCGAGAUUGCUAUCAUGGCACCUGGAAAGCUUCUCGAAAUGUUGCCAGUAGAGGACAUUGAGGCGUAUGUUAAAAACAUCGAACAGGAGAAGGUUGAGGAGGCGGCCAAGAAGAAGAACACACGAACACCAGGUUCUGGUAAUGCUGCGAUCUUGACGAGACCUGCUGAGGGAAGCAGUUAG